AAAAUUGUUUGACGCAGCAUAUAAACAUUGACAAUUUUUCUGAUUUUGUGAUGUCACAAACCUGGCCUGCAGCCUUUAAAGCCUAUUCUUACUGAACUUAUAAGGUGUGUUUCAGCUCAGGCCAGCCAAUACAUACACUGGUCUAAAAUGGAAAAUUAAAUAAAAUUAUUAACGGCUCAUGCUGUGUAAAAUAAAUCACUCAAUUUUUUAAAAUAAGAGCUUAGAUGCAGAAUAUAAACAUUGUCAGAAUUUCGCAAAAAACUCUUUUGUGAUGUCACAAACCUGGCCUACAGCCUACAGUCUGUCCUUACUGAAGUUAUAAGGAGCGUUUCAGCCCAGGCCAGCCAAUCAGAAUGGAGAUCAGCUGCUUUUCCACACUCUUUAUCUGCACUGGUCUUAAAGUAGUGCAUGUGUCCAGACCUUAUAGCUCUGAAUGAGAAAUGUUACAGUUAAAGCACUAAAAAAUAUGGAAAAUGAAAUGUAAUUAUUAAAGGGCCCAUACUUUGCAAAACUGAAUUUCUCCCAAUUUUUCAAAAUAAAAGUUUAAUGCAGUGUAUAAGCAUUGACAAAAAUGGUACAUCAUUAAUUUACGUUUUGUGAUGUCACAAACCUGGCCUACAGCGCUUAUUCUUACUGAAGCCUAUUCUUACGGAAGUUAUAAGGAGUGUUUCAGCCCAGGCCAGCCAAUCAGAACAGAGAUCAGCUAAUUUCAUGUCUGUAUUGUGUUUUAAGUGCACAUUUGUUCUGUGUUAGCUUCUAGCACACCAGUAGCAGAUAUAACAUUCUCACAAAUGCGCAAUUUAGGUGUGUUUUCCUGGCAAAUAUGGGUUGUGUUUUGUACCCCACUGGGAUUGGCAAUGCUAUUCUGGCAAAUAGAUAAAGGCUAAUUAUUUCUUUAUAGUGUAAUUAAAGUGUUAAAAUAGUGUUGUAAAGCUAUUCACACUGUUAAAAACAGUGUACCAUGUGCAGACAUAGGCCUGUUAACCUUAUAAUAUCCUUAAAACAAUGACUUUACUGAAAUUAAAGGGCCUAUACAGUGCAAAACUGAAAUGCUCUUAAUUAUUCAUAUUUUCUCUAAACCCAUACAUGACACAGUGCCCCCCCAAACAUCCAAUUUUUAUAGGCUAUUUUAAAUUUGAACUGAGGGUGGAGUCAGCAAAAAACAGAGGGUUUUGUGGCCCUUUAAGUGCAUACCUCACGGUUAUUAGCUUAGCGUAGCAUGUUGAGUAAAGCCAAGGUGUUUAUACAGUAUGUGUUUAAAGCAUGUUAGCAUGGGCUUCAAUAGACAAAUUUAUAAAUGGCUGUCAGACUCUGAUGCCAACUGCUGGGGCGACUCAGCCAGUGGUAUUUCAAACACACCUGUAAAUUCUUGGUUCAGGUGUGUUGACCGAGAAAGCAUGCACCUGUACUGUAGUUACCUGCAGAAAUGAUAUGCUGGCAAUAUUAAUAUAUCAUAUUUCUCAUAAUUGUACUGUUAUAAGAUAUUUAAAAGUGUCACAUUUUAGACUGAUACAGUGUUCUGUGUUUUUAUGAUAAUCUAGAAAUUAGAUGUUACAAAUAGUUAAGAUUGCAGAAUGUUAUGUUAAUGGAAUUAAAGGGCCCAUAUCAUGCAAAUCAUAUUAUGAAUUUUCACUCAUUUUUUUUUCUAAAAUAAGAGUUUGAUUUAGUGUGUCAAAAUUAUCAAAUAUUUAAAAUCCCACAAUCUCCUCCCCUCGGUCAAGUGGUCCAGCGGACUAAGGCACUGCCACUAUGAUCAGGAGAUAGCUGGUUUGAAUCCUGUUCAUGUAGCUUGCUAUAAGCUGCUGGAGCCCUGAGAGAGCACAAUUGGCUUUGCUCUCUCUCCUAGUGUGAGUUGCUGUACUUCCCGCCGAGAAAUUAGAUGUAGCCAAUGCUACAUAAGCAGGAGUUUGAAAAAAGGUGGUGUAUCAAAGGAGGCAUGUGCUAGUCUUCACCCUCCUGGUGUUGGGGAAUCACUAGUGAUAUGGGGAAUCCUAAUUAGUGGGUUAGGUUUUUGGCCUUGUUGAUUUGGGGAGAAAAUGGGAUAAAAAAAAAGAAAGAAAGAAAAAAAACGUAUAUUCUAAAGUCGCUGUUUUGUGAUGUGACAAAGCCUGUUUACGCAUAUUAAUAUAAUAUUAACCCAGUACCCAUAUCAUGAAAACGUAAUUUUCCUUAUAUUAAAUGUUUCAAUAUAUCAAAUACAUAUAGAAAUAUUUGAAAAUAUGAAAAAAUACUGUAAUUGUAUGGUCAGGUAUAUUAAAUAUUUUUGUUUGAGAUCUUAAUUUAAUUUAAGUAAGAUAUAGAUUUGAAAUGCUCAUGGAAAAUUAACAGUAUAGAAUAUAGCCAUUACAGAGUUAGCAGUAGUAAGCAGCUCAGAAAAUAGUAACUUACUCUUAAAGCCUAUAACAUAAUGGCCAGCAUGUUAAUUAUAAUAUAUGAUCUGCAAAGUUAACAUAAGGUAGUCUAGGGGGAAAUGACUACUCACUGACUCUGAGGGUCAGAAACUGAGGGACAGUCACGAUUAUAAUGCAAAUAGAUGGUGCCUGAAGCCAAUAAAAAAGUAUCUGACAAUGGCAACAGACUAAACUCAAUUAUUAUGAGUUAAUUUACUGUUAAGCUCCCAUUUGAAUGCAUAAUUUAGAAGUUUAAUAUGCUGAAAUAAAAAUGUGGAAAAUCACAUGUAUGGGCCCUUUAGAUCUUGCAGUGUGCUUGUUUACUCACUCUUCAGGGUCAUGUGAUUUAUUGCUGUGUGUUCAUUGAAUAGUAGUGAUCUCCUCCAGCGUCAGCUGAUGGCCGGGCCACUCUCUCAGCUCCUGCCCCCUGACCUGCCCCCUGCUGGAGCCAGCCCGCAGUGCGGCAGCUCCAACCAGCCAGGAGGCUCCCUGAGCGGCGGACAAAUAAACUCUGUGGCUAACCUCAAAUCCCUCCUGCAGCUGCCAAUGAAGGGGGACCAGCGCUUCAGAGACUGCUGUGAAAUAAAGGAUAAGGACAGGUUAGAUGUAGACGAGGACUCUAUGGGUCGGUGUAUCGGACGCGGACGGGGUGCUGGUGGUCUCGCCUCGGACGGUGCAGGCAGCUCCAGCACUUCUGGUUUCUCCAACGGCACAAACGGCUUCCUGGGCGGGUCGCUAUGGGAGCGGACGCUGCCGUGCGACGGCGGCCUGUUUCAGCUGCAGUACAUGGACCUGGAGGAGUUCCUGACGGAGAACGGCAUGGGCAGCAUUAACGGCGGCUCCAACGCCGCACAGGUUCCCUCACAAAGCUCCCAGUGCAUGCCCACCUCCCCACUGCCCUGUUCUUCGUCUUCAUCGUCGUCAUCAUCAUCGUCGUCGUCAGCCUCCGCCUCUUCCUCGCCCACGCUGCUCGGCCUGGACAUGAUGAGGAAUGGUGACUGCCUGCACGGCACUCCUCAGGGCAGCCUAGACACCUCCCCCUCACCCUCCUCUAGCUCCUGCCCCCCACUCACAGCCCCGCCCGCAACCAACGGCAAUGACAUGGUGGUCACCUUCGAUCCCGACCCUGCGGACGUGGCGCUGUCGAGUAUUCCGGGACAGGAGGCGUUCGACCCGCGGCGGCAUCGCUUCAGCGAUGAGGAGCUUAAGCCCCAGCCCAUGAUCAAAAAGGCCCGCAAGAUGCUCGUCCCCGACAACAUGAAGGACGAUAAAUACUGGAGUCGACGCUCAAAGAACAAUGAGGCGGCGAAGCGUUCGCGAGACGCCCGGCGGCUGAAGGAGAACCAGAUCUCGGUGCGGGCUGCCUUCCUUGAGCGAGAGAAUGCCUCCUUAAGGCAGGAGGUGGCCGACAUACGCAAGGAACUUGGCCGCUGCCGCAACAUCCUCAGCAAAUACGAGAGCCGGCUGGUGGACCAGUGAGGAGGAGGAGGAAGAGGGGCGAGAGAGAGAGUGAAAGAUUUAAAGAAAAGAUUAAGAGAAAGAGAGAGACCACUGAAUGUGUUCCAGGACGACGGACAUAAGCUGAGAGCAGGGCUGCAGCGAUUAGGUUAAAAAGUCGUCAGCAACGUCAGUUUUGACCUGCUGCUGUACUCAACAAAGUGCUCUACCAUGCUUCAUAAUGUUCCUAUGAACAUACAGUGAUUCUGACAGACUGUAAUACACUUCAGGAAGCACAGGGGGCGCUCUAUAAUGCUCUUUAAUGUUCAUAUGAUCCACACUCUCAUUCUUACAAACUGUAAUACACUACAGGAAGCCUAGCAGGCGAUAUAUGGGAUAUAUUGGUUAUUUUAGUGUAUGAAUGGAGUAAUAGGCUACAGAUUACUACUAACUCUAGAAAGUUGCAGCCCUGGCUUGGAAACAGAGGAACGUGGAUGGACAGAAAGAGAUUAAAGAGAUUAAAAUGCAGGGAUGGACAAAAAUGCCAGUUUUUAACCCUUUGAUCAAGAGAGUUUCUAUGGACUAAAAGAAAUGUUGGCUUGUUAUAAAAUGCUUUUGAUAAUGGGGAGAAUUGUAUAUUUUUGUACAAUAGAGAAAUGUGAUAUGGGAAGAGGUCAUUUCUGACAAAACAAUAUAUAUAUAUAAAUAUAUUAAAAACUAAAAACAGUACAUACUAUUGAUGGCAGGGCUGUAAACAAGCUAGAGUUGAUGUGUUUAAAAUGCUGGAACUUUAAAUCAUUUUUUAUAAAGCAAUCAUCACUUAAAGGGGGAUAUUUUACAUCCAUUUUCCAAAAUUGCUUCAUAAUUAAAAUGGUUAAAAUCUAUCAAAAUCAUUUAAUCAGAGUGGGUUUGGUGUGAAACGCUCCUUUCUAGAUCAACUUACCAAAUCAGAACCGUUCACAGUGAUGGUGAAUGGAACGAGACGUCCAAGGCUUUUUUUUUUUUUUUAAUACUUUAUAAUGCUUUAUGAACCUGCACUAUUAAUAUUAGUAUAUAGUACAUACCUUAUAGUAUUAGUGAUACUGUGAAAUUGAGACGCAGCCAUAGACUGAUGUAACUGAUCACCACAGAAAUAUAAACUGUUCAUUCCAAAUGUGUGACCAAUAAGCUACUAAAAAGGAAUCUGCCAUAGGACAGUCCCACUGAGGACCCGCCCCCUACCGCUACUACAGCCUGGACUUUGAAAUGCAGCUUAUGUUUAACCAUAUUGAAGGCAAUAGUCAAAGAUUGUGACUUAAAACUUAUUCAUGUACAGUACCUGUCAAAAGUUUGAACAUGCCUUAAAUUCAUUCAAUUAUUUUAAAAUGUUCUGCAUUGUAGAUUGAUACUAAAGUCAUCCAAACUAUGAAGAAAAACGUGAAAUGGUUUAGUAAACAGAAAAGUGUUAAACAAACCAGAAUAUGUUUUAUAUUUUUAAUAUUUUAUAUAUUUUUAAUCUGGAAUUUCAGGCGUUCAGUUUACAGCUGUGCUAAACUUAUCAAGAGUUAAUUACUUGAAUUUCUUGUCUCUUAAUGUGUUUGAGAGCAUCAGUUGUAAACUUUUGAAGAGGUAGAGUUAUGUGAUUUGAGUAAUGUGAUAAUCCAUAUUAUAGCAAAAAUCUUUUUAACUAAGUAAAAAAAAAAUGACUUAAAGAAAUGAAGGUGUGUCAAUCCGAAACAUUUCAAGAACUUUGACAGUAUCCUCGAGUGAAGUCAGAAAGAGCAUCAAAAUCGUUAUGAUGAAACUGGCACUCAUCAGGACCGCCCCAGGAAAGGGAGCAAGAGUUACCUCUGUUAUUCAGGAUAAGUUCAUUAGAAUUACCAGCCUCAGAGACCACAAGUUCCAGCAUCACAUAAAUGCUUUACAGAGUAUUCUGGUUUGUUUAACACUUUUAAGUUUCUACAUGAUUCCUGAUGUGUUUUUUCGUAAUCUGGAACUUUAGUACUUAUUUAAAAUGUAGGAAAAAAGGAAAAAGGAAAUAGAAACACAGAAGACACACGUGUCUGUGCUUACGUAUGACAUAAAAUAGUAAAUAUAUAUAAAUAUAUUUGUCAGUCUCUAGUUUUAGAUUUUAUAGUUUUGACGCUUUUUCACGUACUUAUUGACCCUCACUGUGAAGAUGUGGUAAGUGGUGGUUGGUCAGUUUAUUUUUUUUUUAAAAGCCAAGUGAACCACAGUUUCACACCAAAUUUCACACCACUUUGAGUAUGUUCAUCCUCAAAUUUAAUGGACUUCCCCUUUAAUGCAAACGAUUAUACAGAUUAUGAAUACUGGGAUUUGAAUUCAGAGAACAGACUGUAAAGUAUAAAUAUAAAUAUAUAUAAAUACAACAAAUGUGUUUCAAAUAAGUUUUAAAAAACGAUGUGGAUGUACUUAAGCACUUGUCAUGUAAUUGCACAAACAUGUGAAGGAGUGUAGGCAGGGAAAGGACGGGACAUGUCUUCGUUUUACUUUUGUUUGUUUGUUUUCUUUAUUCUUUUCUUAUUAUGGGAUGGUUGAGAGAGAGAGAGACACCAAGAGAAAAAAGAGAGAGAGAGAGACUCUGUUGUGCAUGAGCCCCUUUUUCUUACUUCUCCUCGUUUUGUUGAAUCAUGAUUAGUGGUGAUUAGUGUCGAGGCGAGUCUUCGUUACACACAUACUCACUUUUCCUUUUCUUGUGUUACUGGAACACACACACACACACAUACACACAAACACACACUGACACACAGACAUCUAGGUGCAUCCUCUUGAUCCCCACCUCCCUACACCUAUCCAUCCACCUCCCCCCCACCCACAUGGCUUAACACUACAGCAGUCCUCCCAGGACUACAUUUCCCACAAUCCCCAGCGCCAAAAAAAGGCGCCACAGUGUUUGAGUUCCCUAGUGUACUUGAACCCUCUUGCAGAAACUAUCCUUGCUGUGCAAAGCAUAGAUCUGUACUAUAUUGAUACGAAUAGCAAGAAUUGCCCUUAUCUUGAUUGUGUAGAGAAUAUCGUCUGUAUUGUACACAGAUGUAUGUAUUUUUCGAUUUUUCAAAAAACAAACAAAAAACAGACAAAAAAAACAACAACAACAACAACAAUGGGUUUGCAUGUGGACGUUUUUUUUCGGGGGAACGAUUGUGCUGUCCUUUUUUGCAGGUUGUCGCCCACUCGUAUAUGCAAACCAGUCCCAGGAAAUGUGUGUUUUUACGCCUCUGCUUUCCCGGAGCUCACGCCGGACUCUCAGAGACUGACCAAUCAGCGGCUGUGAAAAAGGCCGCUGCGUUUUUGGUUGAACUUUAGGGUCGCCAGCAGCCCGGCGGUGUUGGUCGACUCGUUUUCACUCUCCUGUAGACUUCAGUUCUUCGGUUCUUCGGUUCUUCGGUUCUCCCCCUCCCGACUCUCCACGUCCGUUUCUUUCUUCAGAUGACCAUUUUCUUUCAAUCCUGAUUGUUCUUUGAUUGUUAUUACUUUUAAUAUAAUGAUUAAACUUCUGUUCUUCCUUUG